UGGCUGAGGCGGCGCUGGCGGAGGGGCGUCAGACUCGCCUUGGGGUUGGCGAAGCAGGCCGGCAGUCGGGUAGCCACGCCGCGGCCAUGGGGGGCUUAAAGGACGAGCUGCUCAAGGCCAUCUGGCACGCCUUCACCGCACUCGACCUGGACCACAGCGGCAAGGUCUCUAAAUCCCAGCUCAAGGUCCUUUCCCAUAACCUGUGCACGGUGCUGAAGGUUCCACAUGACCCUGUUGCCCUUGAAGAGCACUUCAGGGAUGAUGAUGAAGGGCCUGUCUCCAAUCAGGGCUACAUGCCAUAUUUAAACAAGUUCAUUUUGGAAAAGGUCCAAGACAACUUUGACAAGAUUGAAUUCAAUAGGAUGUGUUGGACCCUCUGUGUCAAAAAAAACCUCACCAAGAGUCCCCUGCUCAUUACAGAAGAAGAUGCAUUUAAAGUAUGGGUUAUUUUCAACUUUUUAUCGGAGGACAAGUAUCCACUCAUUAUUGUGCCAGAAGAGAUUGAAUACCUGCUUAAGAAACUUACAGAAGCUAUGGGAGGAGGUUGGCAGCAAGAACAAUUUGAACAUUAUAAAAUCAACUUUGAUGACAGUAAAGAUGGCCUUUCUGUGUGGGAACUGGUUGAGCUUAUCGGAAAUGGACAGUUCAGCAAAGGCAUGGAUCGGCAGACAGUGUCCAUGGCGAUUAAUGAAGUCUUUAAUGAGCUUAUAUUAGAUGUGUUGAAACAGGGUUACAUGAUGAAAAAAGGCCAUAGACGGAAAAACUGGACUGAACGCUGGUUUGUAUUAAAACCCAACAUAAUUUCUUAUUAUGUGAGUGAGGAUCUGAAAGAUAAGAAAGGAGACAUUCUCUUGGAUGAAAAUUGCUGUGUGGAGUCCUUGCCUGACAAAGAUGGGAAGAAAUGCCUGUUUCUCAUAAAAUGUUUCGAUAAGACCUUUGAAAUCAGUGCCUCAGAUAAGAAGAAGAAACAGGAGUGGAUACAGGCCAUUCAUUCUACUAUCCAUCUGUUGAAGUUGGGCAGCCCCCCACCACAUAAAGAAGCCCGCCAGCGUCGGAAAGAACUCCGGAAGAAGCUGCUGGCUGAACAGGAGGAGCUGGAGCGACAGAUGAAGGAGCUCCAGGCUGCCAAUGAAAACAAGCAGCAGGAGCUGGAGACCGUGAGGAAGAAAUUGGAAGAAGCAGCAUCUCGUGCAGCAGAAGAAGAAAAGAAACGUCUUCAGACUCAGGUGGAACUACAGGCCAGAUUCAGCACAGAGCUGGAGCGAGAGAAGCUUAUCAGACAGCAGAUGGAAGAGCAGGUUGCCCAGAAGUCCUCUGAACUGGAACAGUAUCUGCAGCGAGUCCGGGAGCUAGAAGACAUGUACCUAAAGCUGCAGGAGGCCCUUGAGGAUGAGAGACAGGCCCGGCAAGAUGAGGAGACCGUGCGGAAGCUUCAGGCCAGGUUGCUAGAGGAAGAGUCUUCCAAGAGGGCUGAGCUGGAAAAGUGGCACUUGGAGCAGCAGCAGGCCAUUCAGACCACCGAGGCGGAGAAGCAGGAGUUGGAGAAUCAGCGAGUCCUGAAAGAACGGGCGCUUCAGGAAGCCAUGGAGCAGCUGGAGCAGCUGGAGCUCGAGCGGAAACAGGCGCUGGAACAGUAUGAGGGAGUAAAGAAGAAGCUGGAGAUGGCAACUAGUAAGACCAAGAGCUGGAAGGACAAAGUGGCCCAGCAUGAAGGGUUAAUUCGAUUGAUAGAGCCAGGUUCCAAAAACCCUCACCUGAUCACUAACUGGGGCCCUGCGGCUUUCACCCAGGCGGAGCUGGAAGCGAGAGAGAAGAGCUGGAAGGGGAAGAAGAGCACCGAGUGAGGCAGUGACGGCCCCCGGGUGCGCAGCCGUGUGGAGCUGGAAAGCUCGAUGCUGAAGACACAGGAACUGGCUUUGUUGCUUCUAACCUUCUUCCCGUGCCUCCGAUCAGGUCCAUAUACUAAGGAAGCCUUCCUAUUUCUCUGCCUGAAAAUAAGGGCUUACCCGAAAAGAACAAAAGUCGACACUAUCAAGCUCUUUACUCUUUUUUGAAAACUUCAGCUUCUGAAAAUUCCCUGUAGCUCCCCCGGGGUGUCGUGGGAAGUGGGCCUUGCACACACCGUGUGGGGAGUGCGGGGGACAGGGUCGGGGUUGGCGCCCCCGUGGACCUCGCUCCUUCCUUCCCGUGGCAGCAUGGUCCCUUCUCCGAGCGCAGGCUUCUCAACUAGAGCGCCGGUCAGCCGGCCUAGGCACGCUGGUGGCCGGGGACCCUUGUGAGCCGUCCCUGGCGGCGUGUGGCCCUUGCCCCCCGCUCGGAGCUCGCAGCUUACAGCCCGCAGGUGCGGUUGUGCAGAGGUUUCUGCCCAGGGUGCUGCGCUGAUCGGCAUCCAGGCUCCGGUGGCAUCUGCUCAGGGAAGCAAACACCUCCCACGCGGUGCUUUGGCGUAGGUCCGUAGGAAGCACACACAGCACAGAGACGAACUAAGUAAAUCCCAUUUGGAAUGAUAAUUUGAUACUAACUGGAUUCUUUCUAAUAGUUAAAAUGGUUUCGAGGGUCAACGUGCUGCCAGAUCCCUUGCUUUUACUUUUGUAGUUACUGUACAGAAAAUUUCAGGAGUGUGUGAGUGCUUGUCAUAAUCAGGCCUUUUCCUUCGUAAAUAAGGAUAUGAUCAUUUAUAGGAAUUAUACAUGAAGAAAGUUUUAAAAAUGUAUUUUUAUGAUGUCCUAUGUUGAGAGGAAACAAAUAUUUAUAAUUUUCAAACAUUCUUACCUAAAUAUUGUACAAUGUAAUAUGCUGAACUUUCUUAAUUUUUUGCUAAUUUUCUAAGAUUAUUAAAAAUGUUUUGUAUGUUUGGUUUC